AUGGCUGCUGCUCAACCAGCUGGUCCCGACAUCGACAAGCUACGGCGCAACACCACUGAGACGAUCACCGUUGAUCGACUCAAGCCAGCAUUCCUAGACAAGUCUGACUCUUCGGUGCAGCAGGCAUCUUCACAGCCGGCGCCAUCACAGCUCGCACCGCAACCUCAGACGAGUCGGUCCGCUUCAGCAGAACCGACAACCUCAACCGACAACACUCCUACUCGCCCUACACUCAAUCGACUCAGUAGGAAGCUCAAGCCUCCAGUUCGUUUUUCGGACUUCGUUGGCACUCACUAUUUUACAUAG